AUUUGGCCAACUAUACACUUUUCUCCAAACCCUAAACCUAACAGAAAAUAAUGUGGAGGUUGAAGCUUUCAGAAGGCAGAGAGCCAUGGCUUACAAGUGUGAACAAUCACGUCGGAAGACAAUAUUGGGAGUUUGAUCCAAACCUCGGAACACCGGAAGAGAGAGCUCAAGUGGACAAAGUCCGUCUUGAGUUUCACAAGAAUCGUUUUCGCACAAAACAUAGUUCCGAUCUCCUAAUGAGACUUCAGUUCGCAAAGGAAGCAAGUGAAAAGAAGCAAGUAGUAUCGGAUCAGGUGAAAGUGAAAAGUGGUGACGAGGAGGAGGAAGUAAUAAGCGAGGAAGCAGUGGAAAUCACGUUGAGGAGGGCGUUGCGAUAUUACUCAACUCUGCAGGCUGACGAUGGUUUCUGGCCUGGUGACUAUGGUGGACCUUUGUUUCUUCUACCUGGCUUGGUUAUUGGCUUAUAUGUAACUGGGGCCCUUCAUACAAUCUUGCCGCAUGACCAGCAUCAACAGGAGAUCUGCCGCUAUCUGUAUAACCAUCAGAAUAUAGAUGGAGGUUGGGGACUACAUAUAGAAGGGCCCAGCACAAUGUUUUGUACAGCUCUGUCCUAUGUCACCUUGAGAUUGCUUGGAGAGGAAAUUGACGGUGGUGAUGGCGCAAUGGAUAAGGCAAGAAAAUGGAUUCUUGAUCGUGGUGGAGUUACCUUCAUACCAUCAUGGGGAAAGAUGUGGCUUUCAGUGCUUGGUGUAUAUGAAUGGAGCGGAAACAAUCCUCUGCCUCCAGAACUGUGGCUUUUACCUUACUCUCUCCCAAUACACCCAGGUCGAAUGUGGUGUCACUGUAGGAUGGUUUAUCUGCCCAUGUCAUAUUUAUACGGAAAGAGAUUUGUAGGUCCUAUCGACGGCCUUAUUUUAUCUCUCAGGAGAGAACUUUAUACCUUUUCCUAUCACCUGAUUGAUUGGGAUCAAGCAAGAAAUCUAUGUGCUAAGGAGGAUUUGUAUUACCCACAUCCCCUUUUACAGGACAUGUUGUGGGGAUCUCUUCAUAAGGUUGGGGAGCCUCUUCUGAAGGGAUGGCCAUUCUCUAAACUAAGGCAAAAGGCUCUCCGCACUAUAAUGCAACACAUACACUAUGAGGAUGAAAAUACUCAAUAUAUUUGCAUUGGACCUGUCAAUAAGGUACUAAACAUGAUUUGUUGUUGGGUGGAGGAUCCAAAUUCAAAACCAUACAAGCAUCAUCUCUCAAGAAUCAAAGAUUAUCUUUGGGUUGCUGAAGAUGGAAUGAAGAUGCAGGGAUAUAAUGGAUCUCAAUGUUGGGAUGUUGCUUUGGCUGUUCAAGCAAUCCUUGCAACCAACCUCUUUACUGAAUCUGUUUCCAUGCUUAAGAAGGCGCACGAUUUUAUAAAAAACACACAAGUUCGGACAAACAGCUCCAGAAACCCUAGUAACUGGUACCGUCACAUUUCCAAGGGUGGAUGGCCCUUCUCCACUCCAGACAAUGGCUGGCCUGUCUCAGAUUGUACGGCAGAAGGUUUGAAGGCAGCCCUCUUACUAUCAAGUAUACCGUCUGAAAUAGUAGGAGAAGCCGUACAGACUGAUCACCUAUAUGAUGCUGUUAAUGUGAUAUUAUCCCUACAGAACAGUACUGGAGGAUUUGCAUCCUAUGAACUCACAAGAUCUUACCCCUGGUUGGAGAUGAUCAAUCCAGCUGAAACAUUCGGAGAUAUCAUCAUUGACUAUCAGUACGUGGAAUGCACAUCAGCAGCAAUACAAGGCCUUAAAUCAUUCAUGAAGUUAUAUCCAGGACAUAGGAGGAAAGAAAUAUUAGCAUGUAUUGCAAAGGCAGUCAAAUUCAUCGAGAGCAUACAACAACCUGAUGGCUCAUGGUAUGGGUCUUGGGGAGUCUGCUACACCUAUGGAACAUGGUUUGGGAUAAAGGGGCUGGUGGCUGGCGGUAAGACAUACCAAACAAGUCAUAGCAUUAGAAAAGCAUGUGAUUUCUUGCUGUCCAAACAACUUGAUUCAGGCGGCUGGGGAGAGAGCUACCUUUCAUGCCAAAACAAGGUAUACACAAACCUGGAAGGGAACAAGCCACAUAUAGUGAACACUGGAUGGGCAAUGCUGGGUCUUAUUGAUGCAGGGCAGGCUGAGAGGGACCCUGCGGCCUUGCACCGUGCAUCAAAGCUGUUGAUUAAUUCACAGAUGGAGAAUGGAGAUUUCCCACAACAGCAAAUCAUGGGAGUGUUUAACAAGAACUGCAUGAUCAGUUAUUCUGCGUACAGAAACAUCUUCCCCAUGUGGGCCCUUGGAGAGUAUCGCAAUCGCGUAUUCUGACCGUAUAAAUGUACAGAUCAACUUGCUAGAAAAUGAGUGUCAAAUGGUCAUGUAAUGAUGCAUUUCAU